AUGACGAAUUCGAAUGCGAUGAUGAAUCGGUCUUUAACGGUGAUGAACAGGCCAAGUGAAAUUACAAAUAAACCCCUGUACGACCUGUACACCUCUCCGGCUUUACAGCGUAAGGGAUCCAUCAAGAACCUCUAUAAUUCUUCCUUUGGAUCAAUGGUUUCGGCCGGAGUUUCGUUGAAGGGAAAGGUAAAAAAAUUAUGUUCAAUUUUCGAAUCCCCCAAGGAACCCCCAAAUUUACAAUCCCUGCAACCGUCCUCGCCCGGACCUACGAAGUACACAAAAUUGUUGUUGCGACCAGAGUCCAAAUCGUUUGACGAUUAUAUCCCUUCUCCGGUCCCAGACUCUCCAUUCCGGCUCCCAGGCACGGAGGACAGAGUUGUCAUUUACUCUACCAGCCUCCGUGGUAUAAGAAGAACAUUCCAGGAUUGCCAUAGUAUUCGACUGAUAUUUAGGGGGUUUCGUGUAAACCUUGAUGAGAGGGACUAUAGUUACCUACAACGGAAGUACAUUGGUGGAGCUGAAGUUGUUAAACAGCUGCUUGAGGCAGGCGAGCUGGUGAGGCUGCUCAAGGGGCUACCAAUGCGUCCGCUGAAGCCUUGUGAGGCAUGCGAUGAUGUGAGGUUUUUCCCGUGCACGGGCUGCAAUGGAAGCCGUAAAGUAUUUGACGAGGAUGAGGAGCAGCUGAAGAGGUGCCCAGAGUGCAAUGAGAAUGGGCUGGUGCGCUGUCCUCUAUGCUGCCUAUGA